AUGAGGAGCACCGAGGAGGCAGAGGGCUUUGACGGCGAGGCCUCCAACACUUCCAUGAUCUCCGGGGCCAGCAGCCCUUAUCAACCCACCACUGAGCCCGUCCAUUCAAGGAAUGUUCUUGGGGGGAUUAGGUGCGAUGUGGAGUACCUCUGGUCAUACUUUGGCAUAUUAAAGGUGGUUGAAAUGGUCCUAGCACUUAUUGCAUUCAUCUGCAUAGAAACUAUCAUGUUGUGUUCCUGCUGUGGAGGGGUCUACUUCUUCGAGUUUGUCAGCUGCAGUGCCUUUGUGGUGACAGGAGCCCUCCUCCUGAUCUUUAGCCUCAACCUGCACACCAAGGUGCCCCACAUCAACUGGAGCCUCACGGACCUGGUUAACACGGCUGCAAGCACCUUCUUCUUCUUCUUGUCAUCUCUUGUACUGGCCUGUAUCAACCCCAAAACUGGAGCUGAAAUAGCUGCAGUGGUCUUUGGCCUCCUGGUGACAGUUGUGUAUGGCAUAAACACCUUCCUGGCUGUACGGAAGUGGCGCCUCGGCAAUGGCUGCCAGGGGGCAGCUCAGACCAGCGAGUACAUGCGAGCGCGUACGGCAUCUCGUGGAGAAAUGGAGGCACGACCUGAGCUGGCAUGAGUGCCAGCAGACAAUUAGAUAGACUAA